AGGUGAAUGCCAAUUUAGCAAGCUGACGUGUAGAGUUGCAGGCGCAAAUAAAAUCAAAUUUAAUAAUGCAAACGAGGUUUAUAUUGAUUAUGCUGGCCCUGGUGCCCGUUGUGCUGUCAAAGAAGUUCAAGGAUGAAGAGAAACCGGAGUGGGCAAAGAAAGAUAUACGUGAUUACAGCGAAGCCGAUUUGGAGCGCCUGCUGGACCAGUGGGAUGAAGAUGAGGAUCCACUAGAGCCGGAUGAGCUGCCGGAGCAUUUGCGGCCACAGCCAAAGCUAGAUUUUUCGAAUUUGGACAGCAAGAACCCCGAAGACCUGCUCAAAGUAUCGAAAAAGGGCCGCACGCUAAUGACAUUUGUUUCAGUCACCGGCAAUCCCACGCGAGAGCAAGGCGAAGAGAUUACCAAGCUUUGGCAGACCAGCUUAUGGAAUAAUCACAUCCAAGCGGAACGUUAUAUGGUCGACGACAAUCGAGCGAUAUUCCUGUUCAAAGACGGUGCGCAGGCCUGGGAGGCAAAAGACUUUUUGGUGGAGCAAGAGCGUUGCAAGGGCGUUACCAUCGAAAAUAAGGAAUAUCCGGGUGUACAUGUUAAGGACGAACUGUAGUAUUCAUUGUAUCUAA